UUAUCCUUCCGCCAGAAGCACGAAAUAACUCAAUUGUCGCGUAUUUUGAGGUGAAAACAAUUACUUUUGAGAGCAGUUGUUCACCAGCAUCAAAAAUCCUUUGUCGAAACACAACGAGCGAACGCUGCAUUUACCGGUUUCAUUUAAACCGUGGAACUAUACAGAGUAAGCGGAGGGAUAUUUGUUCUAAAAUCCCAGCCUGCUCUACCUUCUUUUUUUCCUUCGGUGGAGGCCAUGAUGGGAGCCUGAGAGUUCAGCUGGAGCGAGAGGAGCAAGAAAAGAAGAUGAUUCCCCGGGACGGAACUGUCACGCCAAUCUCUGUGAAUCUAUGAGCUUUGUAUAGUUUAUAUACAUUCAAGGUGGAGCCUGUCACUUUUCUUCAGAUAUGUUCUUGGCAAUCAGUCGAUGACGAUGUUGAAUCGUUAGGAGGCUCUCGGAUCGAAGCAGGAGGCAGCGUUAGCUAUUGUUGCUAGCGGCUAGCUAGCUAGCUCGUUACCUAGCGAGCUGACUGGAUCCGGGUUUCGGUGAGAACCGGUGAGUCCUCUUCUCCUCGCGCUGUCGACCGCGGGGGGCUGCGAUUGAAACCCUCCGCUUGGACCCGCGUCUGGCAUCCGAAGGACAACUGCAUAUGUAUAUUAUUCGGGAGUGUUUUGCGAGACGAGUUGCAGGGUUUGGCAAAGUCGGGCCUGCGCGGAGAAGCGGAGCGAGGAGGCCCGACUUUAUGAUCCAGAGGAAGAGCCUUUCUAAUCCCACCGACACACACCGACAGCUCUGCUGGCUCACACGUCCCCGCGAGGACCCGCGAAACAGAGAGCUGCCGGCGACCGAGAGCAGACGAGCUGACUGCGACGCGCAAGACCAGACCGCUGAUCCCAGACCUGUUUCCAUCCUUUAGCCCGUAAAGACUCCUGUCACCUGCUACAAUGGCUGCGAUUAUAAAAGAAAUGGUCAGCCGGAACAAAAGGAGAUAUCAAGAGGACGGCUUCGACCUGGACUUAACAUAUAUCUACCCAAACAUCAUUGCUAUGGGCUUUCCAGCCGAGAGACUCGAAGGCGUGUACAGAAACAAUAUAGACGAUGUAGUACGGUUUUUGGAUUCAAAGCAUAAAAACCACUACAAAAUCUACAACCUCUGCGCAGAAAGACACUACGAUACUGCCAAAUUUAACUGCAGAGUUGCACAGUACCCCUUCGAAGACCACAACCCUCCUCAGCUGGAGCUAAUUAAGCCGUUUUGUGAAGACCUGGACCAGUGGCUCAGCGAGGAUGACAAUCACGUGGCGGCCAUCCACUGUAAGGCCGGGAAGGGCCGCACUGGAGUCAUGAUCUGCGCCUAUCUCCUCCAUCGAGGCAAAUUCCAGAAGGCCCAAGAAGCGCUUGACUUUUACGGAGAAGUCAGGACAAGGGAUAAGAAGGGAGUCACGAUCCCGAGCCAGCGCCGCUACGUCUACUACUACAGCCACCUACUGAAGCACCAGCUAGACUACAAGCCGGUGGCGCUCCUCUUCCACAAAAUGGUGUUCGAGACUCUCCCUAUGUUCAGCGGGGGCACCUGCAAUCCCCAGUUUGUGGUGUACCAGCUGAAGGUGAAGAUUCACACGUCAAACCCCGCACACACGCGUCGCGAGGACAAGCACAUGUUUUUCGAAUUCCCCCAGCCGCUGCCAGUUUGCGGAGAUAUCAAAGUGGAAUUCUUCCAUAAACAGAAUAAGAUGAUGAAGAAGGAUAAAAUGUUUCACUUCUGGGUGAACACCUUCUUCAUCCCUGGACCAGAGGAAAGCGGGGACAAGAUGGAGAACGGGGCGGUGAACAAUGCAGACAGCCAGCCGGGCUUACCGGCACCGGGCCAGGGCCAGCCGCAGAGCGCCGAGUGCAGGGACAGCAGCAGGGAAAGCGACAGGGACUACCUCAUCCUGACGCUCACAAAGAACGACUUGGACAAGGCCAACAAAGACAAAGCUAACCGCUACUUCUCGCCAAACUUCAAGGUGAAUUUGUAUUUUACGAAAACCGUGGAGGAGCCUUCGAAUUCUGAGGCAAGCACUUCGACAUCCGUCACCCCGGACGUUAGCGACAAUGAGCCAGACCAUUAUCGAUACUCUGACACCACUGACUCUGAUCCGGAAAAUGAACCUUUUGAUGAAGAGCAGCACACGCAAAUCACAAAAGUGUGAACUCUUUUUAAACAGGAAAAGAAGAAAUUAUACACCAGAAAAAAAGGAGAAAACUUGAAUAUAAACUCAAAAGAAGAACCUUUGUCCCUUCCCUCCCCCAGACGGCAAUAGAAUAUCAUCAUGUCAAAUGCCAAUUUUAGGGAAAAAAAGAUAAAUAUCCUGACCAAUAUAUUGUUUUUUUAUUUUUCUUUUUUUCUUUGGCACAGCCAUGUACCAUGUGCAAGGUAUUGACACUGUUGCCCCAUGGGAAAAGGUGCUGUAGCUAUAAACAUGUGUGUUUAUAUAUAUCUAUAUACAUAUGUAUAUGUAUAUACAUAUAUACAUGCAUAUAUAAACUUUUUUGUGUCAAAGACAAUGGAAACCACAAUCAGGAGAUGGGAGUUGAAGUGUGGGAGAAGAAUGAUAUACUAGGACUAUGCUGCUCCUUCUCCUGUCUAAACCAAGGCCAGUGCUGCAGUCACUUUGUUUCACUCCCUCUCUUCUCCUCCCCCCUUCCUUCUCCUCAUCUUUUACUCUCCCUCCCCUCCAUCUUAUCCUCCUUCCUAUCCUCCUUUACUGUGAAUGCUUCUUGUGCUCUUUGCAGGCUGUCUCACGUGACUUUUGGUCUUUGUGCAGUGCAAACUGCAUGCGGGCAGUGGGUUUGGGGUGGGCGGGGUUAUGAAGAGGCUGUGAUGUCUAAAGCAUUGCCAUUCCUGUCCCCACUGUGUAUACGUUAAAUUAUGCAGAACAAGGCAUCCCAUGUAAUUGUUAAUGUUUUUUUUUAUCCUAAGAUAAUAAAAAUAUAAUACACAAAACAGCAGGGAGACAAGUGUUUGCAAUAAUGUCAACACUACAUUUAAAGGACAAUGGUGAUUUGCAUGUAUUGGAAUUGGCGUCCAGCCCUAAUAAAUGUAUGCAAUGUUGUCUUUUCUUAAAGAAACAA